AUGGCAGAACCCAAGUCGGAUCGAGUCAAUACCCAACUGACCUCGGUGCCUCCAUCGGUUGACGAGAAACACUCGCAGACGUCGCCCCACUUUGGCUCCGGCCCGGAAUCUGAGAGGCAGAUUCCGGAGCGAACGUGGACCGAUGCCGAGGAAAAGGCCCCGGUGCGCAAGGCUGAUUGUAUUGUCAUGCCCCUUCUCAUGUUCGCAUUCUUUGUCCUGCAGCUCGAUCGCUCCAAUGCCGGAAAUGCCUUGACGGACGGGUUUCUCAAGGACGUUGGGAGAUUAUUGGAGUCAGGAUAUAUCCCUGGCGGACUCUAUACGCUGUCUCUGUGGUACAAAGGCCCCGAAUUGAGCAAGCGCUUCGCGUUGUACUUCAUGGGCAACGGCUUUGCCACUGCAUCCGGAGGUCUCCUAGCGUACGGCAUACUUCAGAUGCGUGGCGUUGCAGGACUGGCUGGCUGGCAGUGGCUAUUCAUCCUCGAGGGACUGCUGACGCUUGUUGCUGGCUUCUGCUUCUUCGCCCUGUUCCCGGGUGUUCCAUCGAAUCCUGUGUCGCUGCUUGGCGUACGUUUAUUCACGGACCGCGAGAUUACGAUUCUUCGAGACCGUAUCAUUAUUGAUGACCCUAAUAAGGCGACAACCAAGACCUCGAUCAAUCUCGGCGACCUACAGCGUGCCGUGGCAGAUUACAAGUUAUGGCCCCACAUCCUGCUGACGUCUGUUGGACUGGCCCCCAGCAUCGCUCUUUGGUCAUAUGCGCCGAGCAUUGUCAAUUCUUUCGGAUAUGAACGACUGCAGUCUAAUGCAUUGACUUCCGUCGGGCAGUGGAUGGGUGUGGCUCUUACCCUGUUCCUCGGCUGGCUUGCCAAGCACCAAAUUUGGCUUAUUGACAAUGGCUGCGGGAACAACCUCAUGGUGGCAUGCUGUCAUGGCUCUUGGCUGUCGCUCAAUGCUCAAACACCAAGUGAACGUGCAAUGAGAAUGGCCUGUUUUAUCAUGUCGGCUAACGUGGCUGGUCUCAUCGGUGCCCAACUGUUCCGUGCUGAUGAUCGCCCUUUCUACCACCGAGGCUGGACCAUUGCCGUGGUCUUCAUGGCGCUGUCUGUGGCAUGCGUCCUACUUCUGAUUGCACUUUAUCAUCGGGCGAACAAGAAGUACUUCGGGAAGGUGCAGUCCAGCGAAGCAGGCUCUGAGGAAGCCAGGCCCAUCGGGGACGAGUUGAUCGUUUCUAAACCGUACAACUACUAG